AUGGCGUACGAGUUGGUCGAACUAACCAUGGAGUUCCGUCUGUCGUACUCGUACCAUGAUUGUCCCACAAACAUUUACUACCGUACCAACCUUUGGAUGGAUCCAGUAACUUUUACUUUUGAUUUCAACAUUCUGAGAAACGAGAGUCAACUCGGCCAAACUCUCCAUCCCUUCUUUUACCAUCUCCGAUUAGACACAGACACCGAUGCUUAUCGUCGGCUGAUCCGUGAUAUUAGUGAAGGUGGAUUAAGAUUGUCGCAAAGGGCGUUUAACCUAGGAUGUAAUUCCCGAGUCUUGCCUCUGAUAUCACAGGUACAAGCACGCCUAGUUGAACACAGGGUUGAUUUGCCGUAUUCGGAUGACAAUGAGUACAUGGUUCCAGCUGCAGAAUCGUCAGUUGACGAGAUGCUAAUCAAGGUUAGGGUUGAAGAUGAAGCCGAAGAAAAAGAUUGCGUUAUAUGUUUGGAGCAACUCAAGGUUGGAUCCGACGCUUCUUCGAUGCCUUGUAAGCAUAUUUUUCAUGGUGAUUGCAUCCAAGAGUGGCUGAGUACCAGCCAUUAUUGCCCUAUCUGCCGUUUCGAGAUGCCAACACAUUAG